CUAUCACCAGUCACCACCAUUAUAAACCAACGGCCAGCUAGGUAGCUAAAGUGACCUCCUGCGAGCUAGAAAAGCUCACCAAGAUCAGUAGUGCUAAGCGACAGGCACUGACCCAAGCCGGAGCAGCGAAAGAUGGCGUCCGAGACGAGCGUCGCCGACGAGAAGGCGCCCGCCGGGCUGAGCCGCUACGAGGCGGACGCGGAGGACGGGCAAGACGGCGGCGGCGGCGACGGCAAGUCCCGGCUGUCGGGCCUGCUGUGGCACGGCGGGUCGGCGUACGACGCGUGGUUCAGCUGCGCGUCGAACCAGGUGGCCCAGGUCCUGCUGACGCUGCCCUACUCCUUCGCGCAGCUGGGCAUGGUGAGCGGCAUCCUGUUCCAGCUCUUUUACGGCCUCCUGGGCAGCUGGACCGCCUACCUCAUCAGCAUCCUCUACCUCGAGUACCGCACCCGCAAGGAGAAGGACAAGGUCGACUUCCGCAACCACGUCAUCCAGUGGUUCGAGGUGCUGGACGGGCUGCUGGGCCGGCACUGGCGGAACGUCGGCCUGGCCUUCAACUGCACGUUCCUGCUGUUCGGGUCGGUGAUCCAGCUCAUCGGCUGCGCCAGCAACAUCUACUACGUGAACGACCACCUGGACAAGCGAACGUGGACCUACAUCUUCGGCGCCUGCUGCGCCACCACCGUCUUCAUCCCCUCCUUCCACAACUACCGCGUCUGGUCCUUCCUCGGCCUCCUCAUGACCACCUACACCGCCUGGUACAUCGCCGUCGCCUCCCUCAUGCACGGCCAGGCCGCCGGCGUCAAGCACUCCGGCCCCACCACCAUCAUGCUCUACUUCACCGGCGCCACCAACAUCCUCUACACCUUCGGGGGCCACGCUGUCACCGUGGAGGUGAUGCACGCGAUGUGGCGGCCGCAGAAGUUCAAGGCGAUCUACCUGCUGGCGACGCUGUACGUGCUCACCCUGACGCUGCCGUCGGCGUCGGCGGCGUACUGGGCGUUCGGCGACGAGCUGCUCACGCACUCCAACGCGCUCUCGCUGCUCCCGCGCGACGCCUGGCGCGACGCCGCCGUCAUCCUCAUGCUCAUCCACCAGUUCAUAACCUUCGGCUUCGCCUGCACCCCGCUCUACUUCGUGUGGGAGAAGCUCAUCGGACUCCACGACUGCCGCAGCCUCUGCAAGCGCGCCGCCGCCAGGCUCCCCGUCGUCGUCCCCAUCUGGUUCCUCGCCAUCAUCUUCCCCUUCUUCGGGCCCAUCAACUCCGCCGUCGGAUCGCUCCUCGUCAGCUUCACCGUCUACAUCAUCCCCGCCAUGGCGCACAUGGUCACCUUCCGCUCACCACACUCCCGCGAGAACGCGGUGGAGCGGCCGCCGCGGUUCGCCGGGGGCUGGACGGGGGCGUACGUGAUCAACUCGUUCGUGGUGGCGUGGGUGCUGGUCGUCGGCUUCGGGUUCGGCGGGUGGGCCAGCAUCACCAACUUCGUGCAGCAGGUGUCCACCUUCGGCCUCUUCGCCAAGUGCUACCAGUGCCCGCCCCACCCCGCCGUCGCGUCGCCGCUGCUGGCGCCGCCCAUCGCCCCGAGCCCGUCCAUGCCGUUCGGCUUCAACAUGACCGGCAUGUUCGCCCCGAUGUCCGCCCCGUCUCCGGCUCCGGCCCCGGCGCCGAUGCACUUCGGGUCCCUUCACCACCACCACCGGCACCACCGCCACGGUCUGUGAUCGAUCGGAAGGACGACGCGCGCGAUGGAUGGUUCGACCGGCCGGAGGAGUUCGAUCUACGUAGUUUCUAGCUAGCUAGUUAAUCAGCAGUGUUACUUCGAUUAGCCCCUAGUAAAAUCUCUUCUGUUGUUGACUUGUUGUGCCUCUCUUGUUCUCUUCUUGUGCUGGUGGCAUGGCUUGCUGUUAGUCGGCAGCUAGUGCGAGGUGGCCUUGGCUACCCUGUGUCUGUGAGCUGCUUUUCAGGCAGAAAGAAGAAUGUAACCCCAAGGAGGGAGAUGCUCCUGCUCCUGCAAGUUUUUCUCAAUAAUAAAUUCACGCCUAUUGCUGCC